AUUGUCACAUACAUGAUGUGUAUCCACUUUAUAUAUUCUCUAUUUUUUUUGUGGUAGCAUUAUUGUUUGUUUUUGGUUUGGUUCCACUUUCGUGACCUAUCCUUUGGUUCCGCCAUGCCUGUUUCCAUGAGUCUCCUAACAAGUUCAUCGUGUUACUAGGCCUUAGAGUAAAAAUAUUAGAUCUAAGAUUGGUUGUUUUAUGCAUUUGAACAUUUUUGGGCACCUGGGUUUGUUUCAGAAUCUUCAAUUUGGUAUUAUUUUCUCUUCUGAUCUAUGGACCCACCUUAAUUUAUAUAUCUCUAACUCUUAUCAAUAUUGGGCUUAGAUCAAUUCUUGAUUUCCUUGUCUUGAUUCUUCUUGUGUGUAUUAACCCUAAUUAAGAUCUGGUUCUCUAGCUGAAUUAGUAGAUUAAACAGUUCUUCCCUUCUUACAAGAAUCAGUGUUCAUGUAAUAGUUAUCGCCUUCGUAUGUCUGAAAAAAACUUACCUUAAUAGAAAAUUUUUAAUGGUUAAGAGUCAUUUUUUUUUCUUCUAAUUAUUCAUAUUGCUUAGGAAAGCAACGCAUAGUCCUAUACUCCUAUGUUGAUUUUUUUUUUUUUUUGGUUCCCAUCAGAACGUGUGAUUUGAUCAAAUCCUGGGUAUAAAAGAAGUGAUCUAUCUAAAAGUGGUGAUCAUGGAAGUUAUACCUUGUCCUAGCUCACAACAAAUCCAAUCUCCUAGUGGUAUUAUAGUGGAUGAGAUGCUACUUGACGACGUUGUUGUUGAAGAGACCACAGUGAAUGAACUUGUCUUGAAGCCUGAGCUUGAUGGCUUAAAUGCAGAGAAGCCUAGUACCGAUUCACUAAUGGAAGAAACCCAAAACCUUGGUAAUAAUAAUGCACAAGGAGAGUCAUCAUCUCCUUCUGAGCCUAAAUGGCUACAACAAGAUGAACCUAUAGCUUUGUGGGUGAAGUGGAGAGGGAAAUGGCAAGCUGGAAUCAGAUGUGCUAGAGCAGAUUGGCCAUUGACUACCUUAAGAGGGAAACCAACUCACGAUAGAAAAAAGUAUUUUGUGAUAUUUUUUCCACAUACAAAGAACUACUCGUGGGCAGAUAUGCAGCUAGUUAGGUCUAUCAAUGAGUUCCCUGAUCCUAUUGCAUAUAAUUCACACAAAAUUGGAGUUAAAAUGGUUAAAGAUUUAACCGUUGCUCGACGCAACAUCAUGCGGAAGCUUACUAUUGGUAUGCUCAAUAUAGUGGACCAGUUCCACUCAGAGGUUGUGGUUGAAUCAGCUAAUGAUAUAAUAGUCUGGAAAGAAUUUGCAAUGGAGGCAUCUAGAAGCACAAGUUAUCAAGAUCUUGGAAGAAUGCUUGUCAAGCUUCAGAGUAUGAUUUUGCAACAGUACAUGGAUCCAAACUGGCUCGAAAACUCGUUUCCUUCAUGGGUACAGAAAUGUAAUGAAGCAGUGAAUGCAGAGAGUAUUGAACUACUAAAUGAGGAGUUCGAGAGUUGUAUCAGAUGGAGCGAAGUCAAAACCGUUUCUGAUCAUCAGAUGCAACUAAUGGUGUUAUCAGAAUGGAAAACAUGGAAGCAUGAUGUUACAAAAUGGUUCUCCAUAUCUCGUCGUAGUGUUGCAGGAACAACAGAACAGCAUAAUAGUAGUAAAAGCAUCUUUGACUCAGAUGUCCAGGCGAGCCGGAAAAGACCAAAGCUCGAGAUUCGACGUGCUGAGACAGAAAAUGCAUCGCAAAUGGUGUCUGAUACUUCACCACAAGGAUUGGCUGCAACUAACACAGAUACUCCUGUAGUGAUGAAAGAUGAAGAUGUCAUAAUGAAUGGUUUGGACCUAUGGGAUGGCACUGUUGUUGAAGCAAACGGUUCACAGUUAGUGAGAACAAGAGAGACAAAUGAGUUGUCUCAACCACAAGACAGAAACAUAAACGAAUCAGUUGCGAAGAAACCAUUUGGUUUGGGAAAUAAGAGCCAGCAAUGCAUAGCUUUCAUUGAAUCAAAAGGAAGACAAUGUGUGAGGUGGGCUAAUGAAGGUGAUAUAUAUUGUUGUGUGCAUUUAGCUUCUCGUUUCACCACCAAACUCAUAAAGAACGAUGCAUCUCCUGUUGGUGAAACGCCAAUGUGUGGAGGAGUCACUGUUCUUGGUACCAAAUGCAAACACAGGUCGUUACCUGGAAUGUUGUACUGCAAGAAACACCGUCAUCACAUCGAUAUAGAUUCCUCAUCUGAUCCGGUUAAAAGAAAGCUAGCAGACAUUAUGUCAACCUUAGAAACAACUCAAUGUCAAGAUGUAGUGCCUCUUAGAGAAGUAGAGAGAAGUGUGCCCAACGAAACCACAAGCUUCACUGAGAUGCUUGAGCAUUGUAGUAGCAAUGAGGAUAACUUGUGUGUUGGUUCCUGCUCAGAGAACAGCUAUGUUCCUUGCAAUGAGUUCUCUACAAAGCACAAGUUAUACUGCGAACAACACCUUCCUAACUGGCUCAAUCGUGCGAGGAAUGGGAAGAGUCGAGUAAUAUCCAAAGAAGUGUUUGUAGAUCUUCUAAGGGGUUGCUCAUCUCGUGAGGAGAAGUUGCCUCUACAUCAAGCUUGUGAUAUAUUCUACAAGCUCUUUAAAAGUCUCUUAUCUUUAAGAAACUCAGUUCCAAUGGAGGAACAGCUUGAGUGGGCGAUAUCAGAAGCUUCAAGAGACGCUGGAGUUGGAGGUUUCUUGAUGAAGUUAGUAUCCCAUGAAAAGGAGAGAUUAACUAGGAUAUGGGGUUUCAGUUCUGGUGGUAAUGAUGAAGAAGAAGAUGCAUCAUCAAUGUCAGAAUCUAUUAAUGCAAUGCUUGCCAUCACCAAUGGUUCUAGUGAUGAUAAAAGAGAAGAGAAAUGGUCAUUUAGUGGAUUUGCUUGUGCUAUUUGCUUAGAUUCUUUUGUGAAGAGACAACUUUUGGAAGCUCAUGUGGAGGAGAGACAUCAUGUGCAGUUUGCAGAGAAGUGCAUGCUUCUUCAGUGUAUUCCUUGUGGCAGCCAUUUUGGAGAUAAAGAACAGUUGCUGGUACAUGUGCAAGCUGUGCAUCCUUCUGAGUGCAGAUUGACUAAUGGUGAGUCUUCUCAAAAUCCUGAAGUAGUAGGCACUUCUCAGACUGUUGUGAGCCAAAACAUAGAAAAUACAAGCGGUGUGCAUAAGUAUGUUUGCAAGUUCUGUGGGCUGAAAUUCAAUUUAUUACCUGACCUUGGUCGUCACCAUCAGGCAGAACACAUGGAACCGAGUCUAGUUGGCUCUCGUGGUCGGAAGAAAGGGUUAAGGUUUAAUACGUACUGGAUGAAGUCUGGUAGGCUUAGCCGUCCUAAUAAAUUCAAGAAAAGUCUUGGAACAGUCUCAUAUAGGAUUAGAAACAUGAAGAGGAGGAUGAAAGAUUCUAAACCACUCAGCACAGAAGCAAAAAAUGGAGUAUCACCAACUCCUAGUGAUAGUACAAACUUUGAUGCUCACUGCUCUGUGGUUUCUAAAAUAUUGCUCUCAAAGAUUCAGAAAGCGAAACAUCGUCCUAGUAACCAGGACAUCUUGUCUGCUGCUCGUUCAGCUUGCUGUAGGCUGAGUCUUGAGACCUCAAUGGAGGCUAAGUUCGGGGUUUUGCCUCAGAGGAUCUAUCUCAAGGCAGCAAAACUCUGUGGUGAGCAUGGUGUACAAGUGCGAUGGCAUCUUGAAGGAUACAUAUGCUCUAACGGAUGUAAGUCUUUUAAAGACCCAAAUGUUUUAUCCCCAUUGAUCCCUAGACAAGAGAAUGAUCGAGUAAGGAUAGCUAUGGACGCUGGAGAAGCUUCUAAUAACGGUUUGGUAGUGGACGAAUGUCAUUGUAUCAUGGAGGCUCAUCAUUUUAGUAAGAGACAUUUUGGAAAGACCACUGUUUUGUGCAACGACAUAAGCUUUGGCAAGGAACCAGUUCCCAUAUCUUGUGUCGUGGAUGAGGAUCUUUUAAAUUCAGAAAAGCCUUGGGAGAGUUUUACUUAUGUUACAAAACCAAUGCUUAAUCCUUCACUGGAUCUUGCAAAGGAGAAGCUGCAACACAGGUGUGGCUGUCCUGGUUCAGAGUGCUCGCCUGUAACGUGUGAUCAUGUAUACCUUUUCAGUGACGAUUUUGAGGAAGCAAGAGACAUAUAUGGAAAAUCCAUGAGGUGUAGAUUCCCAUAUGAUGACAAAGAACGGAUCAUCUUGGAGGAGGGCUAUCCUGUUUAUGAAUGCAAUGAACUCUGCGGAUGCUCUAGAACAUGUCACAAUCGGGUUUUGCAGAAUGGAAUCCGAACAAAACUUGAAGUUUUUAGAACAGAAAGCAAGGGAUGGGGAGUACGAGCUUGUGAACAUAUACUACGUGGUACUUUCGUCUGCGAAUACAUUGGAGAAGUUCUUGAUCAGCAAGAAGCCGACAAGAGACGAAUCCAGUAUGGCAAAGAAGGUUGUAGCUACAUACAUGAUGUUGAUGCUAAUAUCAACGACAUUGGUAGAAUAGUGGGAGAGCCUGAUUAUGUUGUUGAUGCUACUACUUAUGGAAAUGUCUCUCGGUUCAUCAAUCAUAGCUGCUCGCCUAAUCUUGUGACACACCAAGUUGUUGUGGAAAGCAUGGAGUCCCUUCUUGCUCAUAUCGGUCUAUACGCCAGUACAGAUAUAGCUGCAGGAGAGGAGAUUACACGAGACUAUGGACACAAACCGGUAACAUCUGGACAAGAAAAUGAACAUUCAUGCCAUUGUGGAGCUUCAAAUUGCAGAGGUCAUUUUUGUUAGAUUUUUGGCUUUUUUUUUAAGUCAAUUCUUUGCAGAUUUGUUUCAAUCUUUUACUUUCUUUCCCAUUGGAUCUUAUUAGACAGCUUUGUUUUUCUUUUGUAUGUCUAUUCAAAUGUUGAUCGACCAAA